UCAAUCCUUUUUCUUUCAAUAGAAUUUAAAAGUUAAAAAAAAAAAAGAAAAGGAAAAAGGGUGGAGAGGAAAUGGGAUUAUGUAGCCAUUUGAACGAUGUCUCCACGGAUUCGAUUCCGAUACUUGUGUUGGUACUCGUUGCAAACUUCUUAUCCUAUCUGCGAUCCUUGGUUAUUGGGUUUCUCCAAUCGAUGGGUUUCUCGAGAUUAAACAUGGUGGAUGAGGUCGUCGACGAUGGCCUUUUCGCUCCUGUGGGCUCCGGUUUGGCUGGUCUAAUCGUAUUGGCCGAGCAGCUUAAUGUAAAUCGGGUCUUCUCUUACUCUGGAGAGCAAGACGGCGGCGGAUUUGAUUUUGUGGAUUGCGUGGUGUGCUUAUGUAGGUUCACGAAUGGGGAGCAGGUGAGGAGGUUGGGUUGCUGUCAUCUGUUCCAUAAGGAGUGUUUGGAUGGUUGGUUCGAUCAAUUCAACUGGAACUGCCCUCUCUGUCGUUUACCCUUUGUCUCCGAAGACCAUGUCGCCGCCACCGAGAGGCGUGUCGCCGGUGACAUCGUUAACUGGUUUUCCAUGCAACGAUGAUGAUGAUCUUAUCAGACCAGAUACG